UAAUAAAACUCACUUUCAUAAAACUCAGUGUUGUUCUGAAAAUUUGCUCAUUUCUCCUGAGAAGUUCAGUUCAUAAACAUUCUUACGAGUAUAUUAAAAAAAUGAGAUUAACUAUUGCAAUAAUUUUAAUGUUUGUCACUUUGGCAUCAACUAGUCCAAGACAUCGAAAUGAGUCUCGACGUGUUGAUAGUGAUACUGAACAAUAUAUACAGGAGUGUGGUGCUGAGUUAAAAAUUCCAUCUUCAGAAAUGACUAAAUACAGAACACCGGAUGGCGUACCUGAGGAUCGCAUAGGUCAAUGUUUUACCAAAUGCAUGUUUGAAAAAUUUGGCGUUUUCGAUAAAGAAAGUGGUUAUAAACUAGAACUAAUAAUGAAGAUGAUGUCCGAGAAUAAUCAUCCUUCUAUUCGCGAUAUGGCAUUUAUUGGUAUGAUUGAAAAGUGUGCUAAAGAAGCUAAUCUAAUAGAAAAUGUUUGUGAACGUGCUUACCAUGGAGCUAAGUGCUUUACUAGUGAAGCAUUCAGAAAGAAGAAUGCUGGAUCGUAAAUUAUUCAAUAAAAAUAAAAAAAAAAAUUAAGAAAAA